AUGCAGACUGCUUCUAAAAUUUGAGAAAGAAUGGUUCGCUCUCAGGUGCUCAGUGAAUUCAAGCGUGGUACCAUGAUAGGUUGCCACCUGUGCAAUAAGUCCAUCCGAGAAAUUUCCUUGCUACUAAAUAUUCCAUGGUCAAUUGUUAGUGGUAUUAUAACAAAGUGGAAGCAACUGGGAGCAACAGCAACUCAGCCACGAAGUGAGUGGAGUCAACGCAUGCUGAAGCGCACAGUGCGCAGAAGUCACCAGCUGCCUGCAGAGUUAAUAGCUAAAGAUCUCCAAACUUGGUGUGGCCUUCAGAUUAGCAGAACAACAGUGCGCAGAGAGCUUCAUGCAAUGGGUUUCUAUGGUCAA